AUGGAGGGUUUUCACAAACUUCUAACUAGAAAUACUACGUCCUUAAAAGCUUCAACGCGGAAAUUGAAAUGUCACCCUUUUAACAUCGAACAUCUUGAAAACCUUAAUAAUAAUAGUAACAACAACAGCACAAAUAGCUGCAGCAACAACAACAACAGCAUCGACUUAAUGACAAACAUCAUCAGCAACAACAACCUAACCGGAACUGCGUGGAAGUUCACUUUUCAAGACUUCAUUCCCAAGAAAGAAGAGAUCGAGAGUUUCGAUUCCUUGGUUGACAAGGCAAAUGCGUGGCUGAUCAAGAAUGACGGGGUGAAAGUGUUAUCGUGCGAGACACUCACUCACUCGUUUUGUGAUCGUUUCUGGCCCGUGAAUUUGGAGGGCACCGUCAGCGCUAAGAAGAUAUCUCCACUGUCUGUUAACUAUUUCAUAAGGGCACUUAGCAGCAGCAGCAGCAGGGGCCCCAGUAGCACCGUCAUCAUCUUCAGCACCGAAACAACAGCCCACCACUUCAUCGACAUCAUUAUCAUCACCGGCCAAAUUUUAUCGGCAGAGACAAUUUCGGUGCCAAUUUUGGACGAUGUAGUUGAUACACAGAUGACUUUUUGGGCUGAAAAAUCUCACUUAGCCCAGCGUUAUGUUAUUGGUCUACACACCGUCGUGCCAUCGAUGAUCGCUAACGUCUACGAAUCGUUCGAAGAGAUGAUCGAUAGAACGAACGAGUGGAUGAAUAAAUUAAGCAGACGAGUUCAUGAUAAUGAUCUCAAAUUAGCUGCAGCUGCUGCUGGUAGCGGGAGUGGUUGUGGUGUCAUUAGUGGUGGUGGUGGUGGUGGUGGUGAUGUCAACUUCCUGUUGCUCAAUAUGCAAUCUACUUUGUCUCAACACGAGCCAGGUACAGCACUGGGUACCUUUUGCCACACAACAGUACCCCCCCUAAGCGAUGGUACUCGCACUGAUUUGCUGCGUAUUUUGAGGGUAUUUUACCUACUGCCAGUUGGAAUUCUACUGAAAGAAAUACCCAAGCAGGCACCGCUUAAUUUCAAAUCGUUCGUACCGCAGUGGCGUCUGUCUAGGAAGAUCGCCAUGUCAACCAGCUCGUCAAAGAAGUUGAAGAAUGGCGGCAAAAAGAUGGAGAACAUGAAGGAGCUUGUGGUCAAGGCCAAUGAAUAUCUCAUCAGCUGUCCGAUUCCUGGAAUCAUAGAGGAACUGGUAAACAUAGAAACGGUAAUCAAUCCUAUGAUUGCAUUUUCAUCAUCGUCGUCGUCGUCAUCAUCACAACUGCCACCACCAUCAUCAUCAACAACAUCUCCGAGAGAGACCGGUGAUGAUAAUGAUUGGAUAAAAGCUGUUGAUGACGUCAGAGGCGAUGAUAAUGAUGACAAGCUGAAGUUUCUUACUAGUAUAAGGCUCUACAUAAUUACUCGCAAAGAAAAACAGCCGAGCAAACAAAACGCACCCACUCUGGAGAACCAAGCCGCAGUAGAAUUCGGCGGAAGUAGACUGCUAACCGGAAGUGGCAAGAUGGCGUCCGUGGAAAAUGGCGACGUGCAUCCGGGCCCCAUAUUUUUGAGAAACGUGGUGAACAGAAACUAUCGCUACCGAUGUAAUAAUAAUGAGAACUCUUUUGCCGGCCAAAAAAUUCAUGAUGGAGUCGAAAUAGUUCGAGAUUAUGAAGCAUAUAAAUGA